UGUUUUUAUUUGAUUUUCUCUGACAGGACUGGGAAUUCCCCCAUUUCAUGGGAGACGUUGAUGUAAAUCUCCCUGGUUUGCACACCCCUCACAUGCAGUUCAAGAUUCCUUUCUUCCAGAAGAUCUUCAAGGAGGAAUAUCGUAUUCACAUAACAGGCAAAUGGUUUAACUAUGGAAUUAUCUUCCUCGUCUUGAUUUUGGAUCUUAAUAUGUGGAAGAACCAAAUAUUUUAUAAACCUCAUGAAUAUGGGCAAUAUAUCGGCCCAGGGCAGAAGAUAUAUACAGUGAAAGACUCAGAAAGUUUAAAAGAUUUGAACAGAACCAAGCUAUCCUGGGAAUGGAGGUCCAAUCACACUAACCCUCAGACUAAUAAAACAUAUGUUGAGGGAGACAUGUUCUUACACAGCAGGUUCAUAGGAGCCAGUCUUGAUGUCAAAUGUCUGGCCUUUGUUCCAAGCCUGAUAGCCUUUGUGUGGUUUGGAUUCUUUAUUUGGUUCUUUGGACGAUUUUUGAAAAAUGAGCCACGCAUGGAGAAUCAAGACAAAACUUACACUCGCAUGAAAAGAAAAUCUCCAUCAGAACAUAGCAAAGACAUGGGAAUCACUCGAGAAAACACCCAGGCUUUAGUAGAAGACCCCUUGAAUGACCCUUCUUUGGUUUGCAUCAGGUCUGACUUCAAUGAGAUCGUCUACAAGUCUUCCCACCUAACCUCGGAAAACUUGAGCUCACAGUUGAACGAAUCUACUAGUGCAACAGAAGCUGAUCAAGACCCAACGACUUCUAAAAGUACACCUACGAACUAGACUCAGAGAUAGACUUGGAGAUAGCACAAAAAGCAACCUUGAGUGUAACUUUAAAAAUUUAGUCUUUCAUUUUGUAUAUGUAAGGUUUACGUAGUGUUAGGUAAAAAUAUGAACAAUGCCACAACGGUGCUCAACAUGCUUUUUCUAGGAUUCAUUGUUUUCUAUUUGUAUUAUAAUACACGUGCCUACUGUAUACUUAACAGUCCUCUAGAGAUUGCUUUUCACAAUUGCACAAGCUAUUACUGACUUUACAGCAUAGUAGAAGAUUAGCUGAUGACCCAUGUAUCUGAUGUUCAACCAUAGUGGUGCCUUGAGACAUUAAACUGUUUUUAACUGUACCAGAAAUGAAGUGUGGAACAGUUACCUAACCUAUUUCACAUGGGCGUUUUGUAUACAACUAUUUUGAUCUACACUUGAUGUCUGAGCAGUAAACAGAAAUAGCUAAAUGUGACUCAGGAAGUAUCUCUUGGUUUCUUAUUCAGCAGCAGAGUUGGUGACUUUGACAACUGGACUGCAGAGAAACAUGUUGAUCACCUUUUAAUUUUUAUUGGCUGUCUGCCAAAUAUAAAUACAGAUGCAAAAUUCAGUAAUGGGAGAUCUAUAACCCAACAUGGGUCACUACUCGUGAAAUGUGACUUUCUCCCACCAGUAAUUGCAAUUAGGUGAUAAUACCUAAUUAUGUUUCCUAAUUAAAGAUAAAUUGCUACUUGAUUAAAAAUCCUGCCCUUCACCUUUGGGAGCAAAGGUUAAGAGACACAGUUGGGUGAACUCUCAAAUUUAUUGGCAUUUACACAAAGCCCCAACCAAGGAACUGAAGUUUUCAUCAUGUGAGAACAGCACAGCCCACCAUUUACAAUAUUCGUAUAUCUUUCUGCAAAUAUGACUCUGGAUAGUGAAAAUUGAAAAACAUAUGCCAACCCCGAGCAAGGGAACUCCUCAAAAAAUCAUGCAGCGGAACCUUGUCAGGUAGAGAAGCCGUGCAUGAAAGAAUUUGUUUAAUGUCUUGUUUUGCGUGUGUGGUUUUUGUUUUUGUUUUUUAAGAACUAAAUAUUGCACAUUAAUAAAUAAGAAUUAUACAGCAGUAA